UUAAUUACAAAAAUAAUAGCCUUCCUGUAGGAAGCAACAAUUUAAUUAUUAUCUACUAUUGAAUGAUUAACAAAUAUGUCUGGAAAAGGAAAGCAGAGUUCUAAGAAAGCUGUCAUUAAGAUACGUGAAUCUGGAAAGACUACACAAUCUUCCAUAAUAAAUUCUGAUGCAAACUCAGAAGUACAGGAACCAACAACUUCUCAAUUUUUUCCAAAGACAAUUGAUAACAAUCGACAUCUGCCAAGAUACACUAAUAUCUUAAAGCGUGCAGCAGAAGAAGGUGUUGCAAUGGAUGAUCUUGAUACACUACAACUAGAGCUUGAGACACUCUUGUCAGCAGUUGUUGUACGGCAUCGUACACUUCAAGAUGAGAUUACCAGCUUAUUUUCAGCAGAAGAACGUAAAGACAGAAGAUCAAAGAGUAGUAAAAGCCUUUCUGUACUUGAUAAGAAGAUACGUGAGGAAAAAUUUAAACCGAAAGAGAUUAACACCAAAAGUCAAUCACCUUUACAUACAAAACUGUUCAAGCAAAAGACAGUAGGAAGUUCAACCAAUCAGGUAUUGCCGACAUUACACGAAAUAUCAAGAAUUGAAGGAUCUAAAUCUGAUGUACCAAAACUGCUCUUACCGAAAAAUGAUACACCCAAUAAGUUUUGGGCUUCAGUAGAUUCCUAUUGCAAUGAUAUUAUGCCUGAUGAUAUUAAAUUAUUAGAAGAAUUGAUUAUUACGCAUGGGGAUAUAAAUGAAUUCAAAAAGAUUCCUUCUUUAGGCCGUCAUUAUAGCUUAAUGUGGGCACAUAACGAUUUAUUGCAAGAAGAAGAUGCAGCCAACUCAAACCGAGAGAAAAAGAAGAAUCGCACAGAUAUGCCACACUUGAUAUCCAAAAGUGAUAAAAAGACUAAUAGUAUUGCAGGACCUCUUACUCAGAGACUGGUUUCUGCACUUUUGGAAGAGAAUGUAUAUGUCGCAAAUAAUAACAUGGAAAACAAACUAUUCCGAGAUGGAGAUCCUCCUGUCUUGAGAGAUCUAACUAUCCAGAAUUCUAUGAAUUUGGAGUUACGAAUGCAUAAAGAAUUGGUCGAGCAAGGUAUCUUGGAACCCGAUGUACAAAAAAAAAAUCAAGAGGAUGAUGAGAUUCUUGCAGAAAUUAAAAGAUGUCAACAAGAAUUAUUUGUAUUAUCUAAUCAUAAUGUUACGCAGCUGAAGAGAUUAUUAAAUCUGGCCCAGGAAGAGAGUAAGAGACAAACAUUGAAACGGAAAAUUAACGUUGCGGAUAAUGACGUGAUAGAACAUUAUAAGAAAUUGACCUUGGCGAAACAGAGAAAAGUACCAUUGACAAGAAAGGAUCAUGAGAAAGCAUGGGCAUGUCUUCGAGAAAGGGAAAAUCUUUUAGAACAAUUAAAUAUUACUAAAUAG